AUGAAACCACGAGACUUUUCUCUUAAUUCUCCAACUCUCCAACGCUCCAACGCUCCAACGCUCCAGUUCUCCAACAUUCCAACUCUCCAACGCUCCAGUUCUCCAACUCCAAAACUACAACGCUCCAGUUCUCCAACACUCCAGCUCUCCAACCCUCCAACUCUCCCCCACUCCACCCCUCCAACACUCCACCCCUCCAACUCUCCAACACACCAGCUCUUCAACCCCCCCACUCUCCAACACUCCAACACUUCAUCCCCCCAACACUCCAACACUCCAGCUCUCCAACCCCCCAACUCUCCAACACUCCACCCCUGCAACUCAUCACCACUUCAACUCCUUAACUCUCCAACUCUCCAACACUUCAACCCCCUAAUUCUCCAACCCCCUAACUCCCCAACACUCCAACACUCCACCCCUCCAACUCUCCAUCCCCCCAACAACGAAGAACAGCUGAUUUGA